CUAGAAUUCUCUCGAUCCAUACUCUUUCCUCAUGCCUGCCGUCGUUCCUCCUGCAAGAGCUCUCGUCACCGGUGCUAAUGGCUUCAUCGCCGUUUGGGUCGUACACACUCUCCUCGAGAGGGGAUACUUCGUCCGGGGCACUAUCCGGAGCGAGAGCAAAGGCGUCUACCUCAAGAAGUUGUUCGAACAGUAUGGAGACAAGUUCGAGUGUGUGGUGGUGGAAGAUAUCACCAAGGAGGGUGCCUUCGAUGAAGCUGUGAAAGAUAUAGAUAUCAUCGAACACACUGCGUCCCCUGUCCCCUUCAACACCGACAAACCAGAUGAAGUAAUCAUACCAGCAAUCAAAGGCACCGUCGGCAUCCUCGAGUCGGCAAAGAAGUAUGGGAAAUCCGUCAGACGUGUCAUUGUGACUGGAUCCUGCGCUUCGGUUGUUCAUGCGGGAUAUACGACUCCGGUCACAUACGACGAGACCUCCUGGAACGAGCCUGUGAUAGUCAACGUGCAACAAAAAGGGGUAAAUGAUACGACAAGUAUCUACAUGGCAUCAAAGACAUUAGCGGAGAAGGCCGCUUGGGAGUACGUCAAGAACAACGCGUCGGAGAUUAAUUACGACCUGACCGUGCUCAAUCCACCUUGGGUCCUGGGGCCCGUUCUCCAAGAGGUGACCGACCUCAGCUCGCUUAACGUCUCGAUGCAAUACGCCUACGACAUCCUCGUCAAAGGCACGAUGGACGAAACUAUGCUGACAACUAACUCCAACUGCUGGGUCGACGUCCGUGACGUCGGGCUCGCGCACGUCCUCGCUGCAGAGAAGCCCAGCGCGGGUGGGGAGCGGAUCAUUUUGUGCGCUGGCCAAUUCUUCUGGCAGGAUUUCUUGGACGCUGCGAAUUCCAUAGAACCUCCGAUUCUGCCGAACCUGCCGAAGGGCAAACCUGGCGCGACGAAGGGCCUGCCACCAGAUAUAGUAUACAUCACAAGCAAAUCCGAUCGUAUCCUGGGCCUGAGUUACCGCUCUGCCGAAGAGAUGAUCAGGGAUACCUUGAUCAACUUCAAGAAGCUGGGUGCCGGUGUGUGAGUGGGUGGUCGAGCAUGAUGUAGGGAUAUUGUAGUUACGCCGAGACAGUUAUGAUGUCACAGAGUAAAGCUAGCAGCAAGCAAGACCUCUUGUUUGGAUGGAC